GGAUGUCCUGGCUUAUCCGUGGAGUCUUGAGGGGAAACGUGUCCUUGGUGCUGGUGGAGAACAAAACAGGGAAGGAACAAAGCAGGACAGUUUGGCAUGUUGCCACCAACGAAGGCUUGAGCCUGUGGCAGUGGACGGUGUUGCCCCUUCUGGACGUGUCUGACAGGUUCUGGCUGCAGGUGGUCGCAUGGUGGGGGCAAGGAUCCAGAGCCACUGUGGCUUUCGACAAUAUCUCCAUCAGCCUGGACUGCUACCUCACCAUCAGUGGGGAGGACAAGGUGCCACAGGAUGCAGUACCCAAAUCAAGAAAUCUGUUUGAGAGAAACCCAAACAAGGAGCCCACACCCUGGGAACAUGCACCCAGACAGACCCCCAUCUUCGACCCUACAGUUCACUGGCUGUUCACCACGUGCGGUGCCAGUGGGCCCUAUGGCCCCACCCAGGCCCAGUGCAACAACGCCUAUCAGAACUCCAACCUGAGUGUGGUGGUGGGGAGCGAGGGCCCACUGAAGGGCAUCCAGAUCUGGAAAGUGCCAGCCACCGACACCUACAGCAUCUCUGGCUACGGUGCCGCUGGCGGGAAAGGCGGGAAGAACACCAUGAUGCGGUCCCAUGGUGUGUCUGUGCUGGGCCUCUUCAACCUGGAGAAGGAUGACACGCUGUACAUCCUGGUUGGGCAGCAAGGGGAGGACGCCUGUCCCAGUACAAAUCAGUUAAUCCAGAAAGUCUGCGUUGGCGAGAACAACGUGAUAGAGGCAGAAAUCCGCGUGAACAGGAGCGUGCAUGAGUGGGCAGGAGGUGGCGGCGGUGGGGGCGGAGCCACCUACGUGUUUAAGAUGAAGGAUGGCGUGCCCGUGCCCUUGAUCAUUGCAGCUGGGGGCGGUGGCAGGGCCUACGGGGCCAAGACAGACACAUUCCACCCAGAAAGACUAGAGAAUAACUCCUCCGUUCUCGGGCUCAAUGGCAACUCCGGAGCCGCAGGUGGUGGAGGUGGCUGGAAUGAUAACACUUCCUUGCUCUGGGCUGGAAAAUCUUUGCUGGAGGGUGCCACCGGAGGACAUUCCUGCCCCCAGGCCAUGAAGAACCAGCCCCUGCCCUCCCCUGACCCUGUGUGGACUGUGACUGCACGCUUCCCUCCCCACUGA